AUGGGUGUGGCUGCAGUCCUGUUAGCAUCCCAAGAGAUAACAACUACAAAAGAUAAGAUGAAGGGCCUCCCUCGCCUUCUCUACCCAUAUUUCCAGCUGAGAGCGGAAGGACUCCACCGUUUGGUUGGCAAUCGGUCUACAUUGACCCGGCUCCAGACUCUGCAAUCCUCUGUGCUUUGGUACCGUGUGCAGCUCAAAGCUGAAAUCCUAUUGGAUACAUACUCGGGCCUGUUAAGUGAACAAGCCAUGAUUUUGGCCAUGAACUCCAGUUUUGUCGAUCCUCUGAUGCAGUUUGAAUCACAGUUGAGGAUAAUACAGCUAUCUUUCAAAAAGGUAUUUUCCAUGCCAAGUCUUAGCAUAGUGAAAGCAAUGGGGCGGACCUCUGAGGACACUGAGGACCUGGAGAAUUUGUACCAAAAUAUUUUCAACAUAUUUGAAGACACUCUUCUUAUUUUAGUGUCUAAAGACUUCUACAAGAUACAAAUCUUAAAGGAAAUGGCCACUUGGAUGAAUGAGGACACUCUGUACCAGCAAGGACGAGCAAUGAUGGUUAUCACCAGGGUGUUAAUCUUUGCCUCCAAGAGAGUCAAGAAAUACCCGAGUAUCGAUGCUCCGUGUUUAGGUAUCCUGGCUGCAGAGCUCUCCCUCUUCUGUUCCCAUGAAGACCCCGAAAUCAUAAAACAAGCAAUAACAGGGAUGAAUUAUGUCCUCUACAUCGCCUUGUGUCAGAAUCCCGAUGCCACAACAUUCCGAUCUUUUAAGAUCAAUGAGGAAGAAAGCAACUCCAAGAUUAUAACGUCUGAUGUGGAAUUGCUAGCCAAGAUCACACAAGGAGAAAAAACCAAAAUUGUGCAGAGCGUGGGGCAAAUAUUACUGCCCCAAUUGCUGACUGACUUUGUGUGGACUCUCCUGAAAAAACUCUCCUCUCCUUACAAUAACACGGCAAAGGAUGCUGCCUCCUUACUGAAGCUGGCUUUGGAGUUUCACGCUCAGAAGAUCACCAGGGUGUCUAAAAUUGUGGAUGACAUUUAUGAGCAGCUCUCUGAGAAUUCUUCCUACACGAUGCAGAAUGCCAUGCUACCCAUUAUCAGCCUGUUGACACGUGCUUCCCCUAAGAAGGUCAUCUUUCAGCUCAUGGAGUUCCCAGUCCCUGCAGACAAAGUUCUGCUGCUGAUGUGGCAAGCAGCGAGUGUGGAGUCGAGUGUGGCAUCUGAAGUGCUGAAGACAAUCUUGUUAAUACUGAAAGGAAAGCCUGGGGAGAUGGAGGAAACCAUGGUGGAAAGACGGCGCUUCUCCCUAGAUGCCACCAACAUGAUGCCUGUGGCGGCAUCUCAGGCCCUGUGCACAUUUCUACCCGUGACUUCUUAUAGGAAAGUGGUGGUCAAGUUUUUCCCAGAGUUCCUGAUGGCCCUCUUGCUUCAACUCUUCUACUGUAGUCAGCAUUUAAAAGACACAGCACAGGACAGACCUCUCUAUGUAAGAGACGCCCUGAAGGCUCUGUUGAAUUGCUCUGGCCUAGAGGAAGUGGAUAAAGCUCUGGAGAGGAAGAAUUUCUGGGACCAGUUUUCUCAAGUCAUGGACCACCAGUAUGGGAUCCACCUCAUUGCCAAAACUCUCAGUGAAUGUAACUUUCCACAGUUUCCAGAGACCCUACAUUAUGUCUACAAGGUCGCAAUAGAAGGUCCUAGAAGGUCAGAAGACAGUAUCGUCACCAUAAUAUUCUUUGCUGAACUUCUGAACAACUUCUUCAAAGAAUCAUUACCAGAAGAAUUUUUGGUGCUCUUCAGAAACUGGAUUAAUGAUUCCAAUCCUUCGGUUGGCAAAAUGAGCCUCCAGAAGAUUGCCAGCAUGGCGCCAGUUUUCAGUCAAAUAGAGAGUGUCUGCAACCUCUUACUUCCAGUCCUAGAUGCUUUCCUAUCCAAAGAGCACACUGUCAUUAUCCGGGCUAUGCUUACCCUUCGAAAUAUUUUGGGCAAACUGGACAAGGUGAUCUACUCCAAAGUGUGUAUCAGGAUUGCUUCCAGCUACUGUCCUUUGAUGGAUCAUGUUAAUGGUGGCAUUCAGUGCAUGGCCAUUCGUCACUUUGGUGAACUGCUUAUGGAUAUGAAUCGAUACAACUGGAUGCUGCAUCAUAUAGUCCUAGGAAGCCUCGUGCCCUUGAUCCUGUUUUUGGAGUCAACGGAAACAAGAAUUGUGAAUGCUUGUAGAUAUACACUGACUAUCUGUACUACACAGCUGAAGUGGUCAACAGCACAUCUUCUCAAAGAGGAAACUUACAAUUUUGAGUCAGUGGUUCUUGAUGUCUGCAACAACCUUCUUUCUUCUUAUGAAGGUUACAUUACAGACUUAAUAUCUGAUACCUUAGGGUUCCUGGGGAGCUCUCGAGCCUUUCUGAGGAAAGGAGCCAUUAUAUUAGUAGGAUAUUUGGGGAAAUCAGGAGAACAUUUGCUACUCAGAGAUGAAAUUGACAUUAUGAUUGAGGUACUAGAGACAGAAGAGAGAAUCUCACGUAUAGUCAGUGUGAAUAGAUUUGGCCAUAUUGGGCACCUAGUUACCAGGACUGACUUCUGCUCUGCAUCUGGCAAAAUGGAGAUUGUUGCCAUCAACGAUCCCUUCAUUGACCUCAACUUCAUGUUCCAGUAUGACUCUACCCAUAGCAAAUUUAAUGCCACAGUCCAGGCUGAGAAGGAGAAGCUUGUCAUCAACAGGAAGCCCAUUAGCAUCUUCCAGGAGCGAGAUCCUGCUAAUAUCAAAUGGGGUGAUGCUGGUGCUGAGUAUGUUGUAGAGUCUACUGGCAUCUCCACCAUGGAGAAAGCUGGGGCUCACUUGAAGGGUGGGGCCAAAAACAUCAUCAUCUCUACCCCUUGGGCUGAUGACCCAAUGUUUGUGAUGGGCAUGAACCAUGAGAAAUAUGACAACUCACUCAAGAUCAGGAAUUCAUCCUGCACCACCAACUGCUGCCCACUGGUCAAGGUCAUCCAUGACAACUUUGGCAUCAUGGAAGGGCUCAUGAACACAGUCCAUGCCAUCACUGCCACUCAGAAGACUGUGGAUGGCUCCUCUGGAAAGCUGUGGCGUGAUGGCUAUGGGGCUGCCCAAAACAUUUACUCUGCAUCCACUGGUGCUGCCAAGGCUGUGGGCAAGGUCAUUCCAGAGCUAAAUGGGAAGCUCACUGGCAUGACUUUCCGUGUUCCUACCCCUAAUGUAUCCUUUGUUGAUCUGACAUGCCACCUGGAGAAACCUGCCAAGUAUGAUAACAUCAAGAAGGUGGUGAAGCAGGCACCUUAAAGCCCACUAAAGAACAUCCUAGGCUACACUGUGGACCAGGUUACCUCCUGCAGCUUCAAAAGCAACUCCCACUCUUCCACUUUUGAUGAUGUGGCUGGCAUUGCUCUCAAUGACAACUUUGCAAAACUCAGUUCCUGGUAUGACAAUAAAUACAGCUAUAGCAAUUGGGUAGUGGACCUCAUAGCCUACAUAGCCUCCAAGGAGUAA